AUGCGCCCCGCUACCAAACCAAGCCUCAGAUAUGCCCCGCGGCCGCACCCGCUUCUUGCGACAGUUCUCGUGUUUUCCUGUAUCUUGGUAUUCUUCUAUCAACUUGUGCCGUCCUUCACCCAUGCGACGGACCAAAUCGUCACUUCGGUCACAGAUUACCUCGACUUGCACACGACUGGGAGAAAUCUCUGCACAAAGGAGGUCGGCACCGCCUAUUGCUGCCGUCUCCUUCUCGAUGCCGAGCCUUGCGUCAGCGAAUGUAGAACCCAACACGUCGACCGGGUAACACAAUCGCUCACUCUCGAAUACGAUCGAUGCGCAAGCCAGUGCUUGACCGAGUAUGAGGCAGCUUGCCCACACACCAGUACAUCCGGAAAAGCAAGCAAACUGCACAGCUGA